GGAGCAACCUCCUUGUUCAAACAACGUGUACAGACCCUUAAGUGGGUUCCAACAACUGGGCAGGGCUCACUCUGCCUUUCACCAUGGCUUACAUCGCCAAGUCCUUCUAUGAUCUUAGUGCCAUCAGCCUGGAUGGGGAGAAGGUAGAUUUCAACACGUUCCGAGGCAGGGCAGUGCUGAUCGAGAAUGUGGCAUCGCUCUGAGGCACAACCACCCGGGACUUCACCCAGCUCAAUGAGCUGCAAUGCCGCUUUCCCAGGCGCCUCGUGGUUCUCGGUUUCCCCUGCAACCAAUUUGGACAUCAGGAGAACUGUCUGAAUGAGGAGAUCCUGAACAGUCUCAAGUAUGUCCGCCCUGGAGGUGGAUUCCAGCCCACCUUCACUCUUGUCCAAAAGUGUGAGGUCAAUGGGCAGAAUGAGCAUCCUGUCUUCGCCUACCUGAAGGACAAGCUCCCCUACCCUUAUGAUGACCCAUUUUCUCUCAUGACCGAUCCUAAGCUCAUCAUGUGGAGUCCCGUGCGCCGCUCAGAUGUGGCCUGGAACUUUGAGAAGUUCCUUAUAGGGCCGGAGGGGGAGCCCUUCCGCCGCUACAGCCGUACCUUCCAAACCAUCAACAUCGAGCCUGACAUCAAGCGCCUCCUCAAAGUUGCCAUAUAGAUGUGAGCUGCUCAGCAUGCUGAUCUCCCACUCCUUCCACACCCUAAGCACUCUUCCUUAGGACUCAGCGUGCCCUCAGGGGGCACUGCUAGACCUAAGCUUUCUCUGUACACCACUCUUCAUUGAAGAGCCUUGCCUUUCCCAUCUGCCUCUUUCCUUUUAUUCUCUCAACAUUCCCAGUAUUUUAACUUGGGGCUCUAAGACUAGGUAGGCCUUGGGGCCCUGGGCCUUCACAGAAUGAUGGCAUCUUCCUAAAUCCUAAUGGACGAUGUCUGAAAAGCGUGAAGGGCCUAGAGCUAGCCUGCUAGCUAAUGAGUCUAAUAAAGGGCAGGUGUGGAAAUGGCCAGGCUCUUUGUGUCUUCUUGUCAGCUGGGUGGUACACAUUGCAGUGGGACAGGGUGGGUAGUGGCACACUAGCUCCUCUUUAGUGGAAGGAAGCUGAUCAAGGGAAUACUCUAAUGGCUAUCUGGAAAGCAGACUCUGGUCAAGGUCUGUUGUGGCAAGAAGAGUUGUAGCAAAUGUGAAUUUUAUUUUAUGGCUCCUCUCUAGAACUGGGAGGAAACAGGAAGAGAACUAAAAGCCUCUUUGGCUGGGAACACUAGGGGGUUGUUGGAUGAUUACAACCAGGAAACUAUCCUAACACAGUGAGUAUUUGCCCAGCUAGGUAUUAUCUGUACUUUGAGAAAUCCCUGAAAUUCCCUUUGGUCAACUACUGACAGCAAGGGCACACAGAGUACAGUUUCUGGAAACACAAAACUUUAUUCUUUUCCAAGUUACCUGAUGGGAUAGUAUGGUUUUGAUCUUUUGCUAGACUGAGUUUCCUUUCAAAAGUCACAUUCUUCCCCUUCUUCUCAAGCUCUAAGUCUGACAAAUUUAGGCUGAAAACAAACAGAAGCAUGAAUGACUGGGUCAUAUCUUCCUCCAGAAUUUAUGACCUGCCAGAGUUAGAACUGUUGUAUGGAAUGGCUUUGUUAGGACAGUGUCUCUCCUCCACUAGCACAUUCCCAAGUUAUCUCACCACCAAGGCUGGGUUCUAUCAUGUUCUCAUGUGCUGAGGCACUACCUCAUCCUGAAACCUUCUUACUACACUUUUUCCUUUGGCCACUAGGUGGAAUAUUUUACUUCUCACUGAAAGCCUGAAGGGGUAGUUUUGCAAACUAAAUACUGUUCGAAGAAUCCCAUGCUGACCCAGAAAUGUUUUCCCUUUAAUCUGCUUUUCCAAGUCCUUAUAUCAUCUGCGAAGCCAAUGUGGAACAGAGACUAAGGUUCCUCACUGUCUGACCUUCAACUAAAAGUCUGUCAUUGGUGGUGCUUUACUGCAAAAGGGUAAGCUGAGCAUUAUAAUGGGAAUCCCCUGGCAUCCUUCUGUAGCACUUUCUGCUAAAUUAAGGCUGCCCUCAACCUGACACAAGCCUUUCAGAUUCUUUCUCUUAAAGCUAUUGGGGUGGUUUUGAGGGAGCAUCAUCACACACUGAUUUCUGAGCAGUUAACUACGGAGACAAAUUACUUCUCUGAUAAAAUGAGAGGUUCACACUGGAAAUCAUACUAUGAUUUGUUCAUCACUUUGAUGGUGCUAGAGCCCGUUGUUACAUUCGGCAAAAGCCAGCUAUCCUGGAUGUUAGCAUUAUGUCACUGGCAAUUGAAGGCUUGAUAUGCCAGUGCAGUGUCUUGGGUCUUUCCUAUGAGACUCAAGUUGAAUGAAUAAUUUAGGGAUUCCCAAAGGAAUGGGCAGUUCAGUAUAAGUGAUUUGCAAGGAGUCAGAAGGAACUACCAAGCCAAAAGAAGGCUCCUCAGGGAGAUGCUGUUUGAUUCAGACAGGACCUGACCAGUUUGGCUCAGAGGGAACAGGUGGGAAGGAUGGCAGAAGUCUGUUUUACAAGG